UUGGGAUAGGGUGCAUAUUCGCCAUACUACCUCCGAUGGGAUGACUGCUACUAAUCUCUCAUUGGCUAGUAGUUCUGUGACGUCACUUAUCCUGCCGGGAGGGUCCACGGUCGUGAGUCUGUGUACUGAUUCCAUGGAGCAGCGCCAGGGUUUUGCGAUGGAGUUUACGUCAUACAAUAAUGAAACAUCAUUGGUUGACGCUCUGGGAGAUUAUUUAUCAUGUAACUCUGGUAUUGAAUACAUCCGGGUAUCUGCAAGGUGUGAUGGGAUAGUUGACUGUCAUGACUUCUCCGAUGAAAUUGGAUGUGACGAAUGCAGUUCUGCUGCAUACCGAUGUAACGGAAGUGAUAUUUGUCUUAUUCCCACAUUGCAAUGCGAUGGAAGAGUCGAUUGCCCACAUGGAGACGAUGAAAUGCUUUGUGAUACACUUCGGUGCCCGUCGACUUGUUCUUGCGGCGAAUCUCAGAAAACGCCCCCGUUUUCUUUUGGAUGCACCGAUUCUGAAUGGGUUCCAUUUUGGGUGAACUGCUCGGUUGACUGGAAGAAAGACUACGCCAAAGAAAUUGCUCCAAAGGCUGUAUUCAUAAAUCUGGCUGGUGCUUACAUUGGUCAUCUGGAGAAGGGUUCCUUCUCUGAACUCAGCAAUGCAUAUGAUUUGGAACUGAAAUCAACUGGACUAAGCAACUUACCACAUGGUGUUUUUGUUGGACUUCAUCGUCUUUGGAGAUUGUCACUCAAAAACAAUAGUCUGACUGUUCUUGAGAAGGGCACAUUUGAAGGUCUUCGUAAUUUAGGAAGAUUACGGCUGGAAAUGAACCGGAUUACUCAGUUGGAUGGCGGCUGCUUCACAGGUUUUGAUAGACUCUCUUUCAUAUUCAUGUCGACACAACUGGAUGCAUCACAGAUCAUGUAUUACAAUAUUCUCUCUCAGUAG